CAUUACACACCUCAGGAAUCUUCUCAUUCUCAUCUCAUGCAUUACUUAUUCAAUCCAAUGGCCGACAGAGAUCUUAUGUGGAGGAGGAGAACUACGAUUCCGAGCUCGGAAAUCCACUCGCAAUUGAUUGAAAUAUUUCGGAACUGAAAUUUGCUCAAGGAUUUCUGAUUGCGGCGUGGAUAUGGAGAAAUCGACGUUCCUGUGGAAGAAUAGAAGCUCCUCUUCGCAAUUUCCGCCACCGUCGCCGCCUCAGACCGAGGCGAGCAAGGCGGUUGUGAAGAAAACUCGGCUGUGGUUGAGAAUAGAUCGACAGGGACAGUUGGAGAUGAUGGAAUGCGAUAGAAGCGUGAUUAUCAAGCGCGCUUCCGUACCGGCUAGGGAUUUGAGGAUUCUCGGGCCUAUUUUCUCUCAUUCCUCCGCCAUUCUCGCAAGAGAGAAGGCGAUGAUUCUGAACUUGGAGUUCAUAAAAGCAAUAGUCACUGCAGACGAAGUAUUGCUACUCGAACCUCUUCGCCACGAGGUUCUUCCGUAUGUUGAUCAGCUGAGGCGACAAUUACUGCAUAAAAGCCGCACUACAGAUGAACCAGCAGACUGUUCCAUAUCCUUACCCCUCAAUGGACAAUUGUCGCCGCCACUUGAAGGAUGGGAAGAAGACCUCCCUUUCGAAUUCCAGGUCCUGGAGACGGCCUUAGAGGCUGUCUGCACAUAUCUGGACUCUGGUGUAACCGACCUCGAGAGAGAAGCUUACCCUGCUUUGGAUGAACUAACCAUAAACGUCAACACCAAGAACCUUGAGCGCGUCCGGAGCCUGAAAAGCAACCUCACGCAUUUGCUCGCGCACGUACAGAAAGUGAGAGAUGAAAUGGAGCAUCUUCUAGACAACGAUGAAGACAUGGCGCAACUAUACUUGACGCGAAAGAGGACACAGAAUCAACAAUCGGAGGCAUUGUCCUCGUCGAAAGAUAGUGAUAUCUUAGCUCCGGCGGUGGCUCCGGCAACAUGUAGUUGGCGCAGCAGCUACAUUAGAUGUGAGAAUUUGUUGAUGAGCAGGAGCAGCAAGUGCAAGUGGGAGGUGGAGGAACUGGAAAUGUUGCUGGAAGCAUACUUCAUGCACUUGGAUCUCACUCGUAACAAAAUACUUUCUGUACGAGAAUAUAUCGACGAUACCGAGGACUAUGUGAACAUCCAACUUGACAAUAAGAGGAACGAACUCAUCCAACUGCAGCUGAUGAUAACGAUAACUUCAUUUGCCGUAGCCGUGGAAACUCUUGUUACCGGGAUUUUGGGCAUGAACAUUCCCAUCGGAUUGCGCAACGUGCAUGGAAUCUUCGGCUUAGUUGUUGGAUGCAUGACGGCAGCCACCGCCGCGCUAUUCUUACUUAUUUGGGGAUAUGCUAGAUGGAACAAGCUCGUUGGCUCAUAAUGAAUAAAUACAUAAAAAGGAUCGAUAAAGAAAUAUUAUCACCGAAUAAUAA